CUAGGGUUGUUUAUGCGGAGCGCAUUGUCAACUGAGGGUUCAACAUGUUGCUCACGAUGUCCUUGCCUUUGGGCUCAGCGACUUCUCGAGCAUUCUUGGUUUGCAAACUCACUUCGCGCAUUGCGAAGGGCACCUACAUUUGUAACUUAGAGACAUAGCAAUGCCGCGCAUUCACCUGGAGAGUCUUGGAGGUGGCAGUGCCCGGCUGGCAGAGAUGAUGGGCGCGUCCUCAGUGUCGUCGUCCUCGCUGAUGGCCAUGCUGAAGCAAAAAGUGGACAUCAAGCAGACGCUGGGGAUCAGCUCUGAGUUGGCAGAGGCGGUGCAGGCUGCAUACCAGGAGAAGCUGGGAGCUCAGAUGGUUCGGGUGGUCGGCGUUGGGAAGGACAGGGACGUGGACAGGCUAGGUGGGAGAUGACACACAUGGAGAGACCAGGGAUAUGAUUGGAUGAAUGGAUCUUGGGCAGAUGUCUGGACCUGGGCGAGCUGUUUGCAUUGGCUAAGGUUGGGGGCUGGCACCGGGGACAGGUGCACCAUACUCGAUAUUUUGUUUUGCUGCCUCUUCUGCAAGCACUGUUGCUGCGAAACAUUUUGUAACGGGCGUGCCAGAACCAGCUGGAUGCAGAAGCAGAUGAGUAAGCCAGGCCAGCAGUCAAUGGAUGCGGAUGCCCCGGAGAAGACAAGCGUGCUGGACAUUUCCAAGCUCAGCUCCGCGGACUUCCAAGAGAUCCUCAGGUCCAAAGAGAUGAGCGCCAAAGAGAGGUUCGGCCUGUGGCUUUUCGGGCAAAAGUUCGGAAACACAGAGGAAACCAAGCUGCAACAGUGCCUGCAGAAGAUGAAGCAAGUCUUGCCAGAACUGGCGGAGGAGGAUGGCAUGGAUCUUGAUGAGUUGCGGACCGAAUGGGCCAACAAGACUGACAUGACCCGGAUGAAGCUCGUGCGCAGGGUUGCGGCCAUGGCGGUCCUGAACCGCGCGCAGGGUGUUUCACAGUUUGGGCUUGCUGCUGUGAGCCUGGAGGAGUGUGGCCCAGUGCUCUGCGCUGGCGAGCUGCAGUACGAGCUGGAUGCUGAUGGCCUGCACAAGUGCACCUGGCAAUGCCCCGCAGGCCAGACGCCGGACACCUUCCAGAUGGUUGGGCUGGAUAUGGCGGGCGAGAAGAACAUGACCUUGACAGAGGCAGAGGCAGCCGGGAAGCUUGCGCUGGAAGAGGCUGACAUGGACAGCUCACAGUACUCUCACACGAAGUCCUAUCAGAUGUGGAAGGGAUUGAGCUUCGACUUCUACACCGCAUAUGGGGAUGCACCCCUGAAGCUGCUCCAGAUGAUAUCGGUGGCCGAGCUUGGGCCGCAGAGUCCGGUGUCCACGCGCUAUGAUGGCACCUGCCGUGGUGAAAGAAGUUUCCGGGUGGCCGAGCGGGUGGUGUACACCGGCUCCGGUUCGCAGAUCCCGCACGGGGCGAUCGUGAAGAUUGAGCGGCUGCCGGGAGACACGCCCUUUUUGGCCACCUACCUGGGUGGCAGCGAACAUCUUGGAGCGGAGGAGUACGAGGUGAAGUAUUUGGGCCAGCGCGUGAUCGUCCCAGCUGCCGAUCUCAAGCAGGAAGGCCUGGCCAAAGUUGUGUUGGACCCAGGCCUGCAGAAGUGGAUGCAGAGCACGGGCGAUGCCAUCGAGGUGUCCAUGCCGGGACGCAGGGAUCCGAGCCGCCGCCAGCAGGACAGCACCUUCUGGUUCCCCACCUCCAAGAAGGAGGACUGAGAGCCCAGUGUGAUCGGCAUAAGUGCAGAGUUCCCGAAGUUGCCAUGGAAAAGAGGAACUCUCGCAGUUGCG